AUGAUACUCCAAUUGACGCCAGGUGAUUCAAAGUGUCGUUUGUAUUGUAAAGGGCCGGCUUGCUUGUACUGCAAUGUGUACCAUGGAGAGAGUGCCAUUCCAGGUCUUUAUUCAACAUGGAUCACAGACAAUAUUCUCGCAAUGGCCAGACCACAGGCAGUGCACUUUGAAAAUGAUAAGAUAAUUCAGCUGUUUAAAAGGAAUAAUAUUAGAGCUGUCUUCAAUCUCCAAGAAGCUGGAGAGCACUCAUUCUGUGGCACGGGAAAUCUCACAGGUGGCUUCAGCUAUGAUCCUGAAUGUUUGAUGAAAAAUGAAAUAUUCUUCUACAACUUUCCUCUGCAUGACUUUGAAGCUUGCACUGCGGAACGAUUAGUAGACAUUGUUACUGUGAUGGCAGACGAAUUGAAGAGAGGUAAAAUCGCCGUCCACUGUCAUGCCGGUCACGGAAGGACGGGUAUGGUGAUCGCUGCAUGUUUGAUGCUGAUUAAAGGAGUACCACCCGAGCAGGCUGUGCAGCUUGUUAGACAAAAACGGGCAAAUUGCGUGCAGAGCUCAACUCAAGUUCGCGCUCUUCGUGAAUUUCAUAGUUUGUUCAGGAGGAAUGCUUUAGUGCUACCUGAUUCACCAUUCCUCUCGACUUCCCUUUACACGGAAUUCAUUAGUAGAAUAAUGAGAAUUUCAUUAAACGAUCGACGAUAUUGUGUUCCUUUUGAGGUGCACAGCUCUAUUGUUGUUCUGAAAUUUAGGCCUUCAUAA